AUGAAUGGUCCAAACAACAAAAAAAAUAGGAUAAGUGGUGAAAAAGAACUCGAAAUAUGGGUUACAGACCUUGGCAAAAACAAACUUUUUUUACUCUCUUUCGAGUUGCUACAGCAAUCAUCAACAUUGAUAAGAAGAUUGAAAUAUUUCACUGACCAUUUGUUUGCUGAUAUCUACGAAAUGGAAGCUUUAAUAUACAAGUCAAGUGAUGAAUGGGAUGAACUCAAUUGGUAUCGAGAUUGUGAACAUAUUUAUGAAUGA